AUGGCAAAGAAGUCCUACGACGUACUGUUUAAACUUCUGCUUAUUGGGGACUCUGGUGUUGGCAAAACCUGCUUACUCAUUCGUUACGUAGAAGACUCGUUCACUUCAACCUUCAUAUCAACUAUAGGAAUAGAUUUUAAGAUAAAAACUAUUGAGUUGGAAGGCAAGAAAAUAAAACUCCAGAUAUGGGAUACAGCAGGUCAGGAACGCUUCCAAACCAUUACCGCGUCCUAUUACCGGGGUGCUAUGGGAAUAAUGCUAAUAUAUGAUAUCACUAGUCGCAAAACGUUUGAUAGUAUUCAGCGUUGGGUGACGAAUAUCCACUCUUUAGCUUCCAACGACGUUGAAAAGUUGGUGGUUGCCAACAAGUGUGAUGUGGCUGAUCGUCGUGUCGUUUCAUAUGAAGAGGGUUUGCAAAAAGCUGGACAAUUUGGGAUUCGGUUUCUAGAGACCAGUGCGAAAACAGGAGAAAAUGUCAGUAAAGCUUUUGAAGAAUUAACUCUGGCCAUCCUCCGUAAAACACCUGCUCGUGGACAGGAGACGUCUACAGUAACCCAGGGUCAUCGAAAUCCUCCAUUCUGGAGUUGGCAAGAAGAACUGGUGUUAUAA